AUGGCUUUGAGGCGAGCCUUGCAUUUCGUUUUCAAAGUGGGUGACAGAAGCAAAACGGCCACCUUUUACCGAGAUGUGCUAGGCAUGAAGAUUUUGCGUCAUGAAGAGUUUGAAGAGGGAUGCAAGGCCACUUGUAAUGGCCCUUAUGAUGGAAAAUGGAGCAAGACAAUGGUCGGCUUUGGUCCAGAGGAUGAUCACUUUGUGGCUGAGCUGACCUACAAUUAUGGAGUGGGAGAAUAUCGCCUUGGCAAUGACUUCCUGGGUCUGACUCUGCAGUCUAGCCAGGCUGUCAGCAAUGCUAAGCGGCUUGGUUGGCCCCUCACUGAGGUUGGAGAGGCUCUCUAUCUGGUUGAGGCCCCUGGAGGUUACCACUUCUACCUGUUGGACAAAGAUCAGCCUCACAAUGAUCCUGUACAGAAGGUAUGUCUGGCAGUGUCUGACCUGCAGAAAUCAACACACUACUGGUCCUCCCUUCUGGGGAUGAAGGUGAUGGAGAGAAAUGAGGAGAAAAAGACUGUGCUGAUGGGAUUCGCAGACACUCAGUGUAAACUAGAGCUUUACAACAUUGGUGGGACAGUAGAUCAUGGGACAGCUUUCGGGAGGAUAGCAUUCUCCUGUCCACAUAAGCAGUUGCCAGAUCUUGAAGCCCUGAUGACAAAAGAAAACUAUAAAAUCCUUACUCCUUUGGUUAGCCUGGACACCCCUGGGAAGGCUACAGUAGAAGUGGUCAUUCUGGCUGAUCCAGAUGCCCAUGAGAUCUGCUUUGUGGGAGAUGAGGCAUUCAGACAACUCUCCCAUAUGGACCCCAGUGGAAAUGCGUUGCUGGAUAAGGCUAUGGCUGAGGAUAAAAGUGAUGAGUGGUUUGCCAAGCACAACAAGCAGAAGGCUUCAGCGUAA